AUGGGUGCUGCGCCCUCUCAUUCUACUGAAGGAUCGACGCGCAUCCAAUGGGAAUGGAAUGCAAAUGUAAAUCCAUUUUCAAAGUCCAAACCUGCCCAAUGGAAACCAUAUUCUGAUGUGGAAAAUUUGAUAAUUGAAGAAGCAUUUAGCGCUGGUAAAAUCUAUGCUAUGUUCGACGAUUAUCACAUUGAUUUUAAACAUAAAAUGCAAAUUUCCAAUCAUGACAAGAACAAACAACGUCCCGUCCAACAAAAAAUCUGUAACAUAAACGAUGUUAACGUACGAGAAGAGAGAUUUACAUUCACUCCUAUCGAUCCAAAACGUCCGUUUGGUGGUCUAUACGGAUGGAUUUCACCCUUCGUCAAAGAGGUGGCAAAGCACUUGAACAUAACAAAAGAUCAAUUACCUUCAAAGGAUCAAACCAUGGUUCUUAUGAUUGUGGAAAAGGCUGCUGCUGGUAUAAUUGAAGAAGGUAAACUACUCGGAAAAAAAUUUGAAGGUGAACAGUUAGCGAAAAUGUUGCUGGAGAAAAAAGAUGCAGGAAUCAAAGAAAUAUGGAAGCGUUGCGCUUAUCUUUAUUCAUUGGAAAGCUAUUUGUACAAGAAAUUAAAUGAGACAAUGCGAUUGAUAGGAAGUAAAGAACACGAACAAGAAUGGCGUAGCAAAAUACCAACAUUGGGCCCAUUUUGUUUGCUGUUAUGGGAUAAUCCUUUCAACGAUAAAACUACGAAAAGAGGAACAGUAAUUUAUCGAGGAGCUAAGCUCACCGAUGAUUUGAUUUUGGCUUUCAAAUACGAUUGUUCGAAAGAAGAUAAACCACUACGUUCUUUUCAAUCGUUUACGUCGUGCAGUCGAAAUCGUGCUAAAGCUGAGCCGUUCGGUAAUGUCUUAUUUAUUAUGACAGUUAAACAUGCUUUUUCCGUCGAUCUUAAGCAAUUUUCCAAAUAUCCUAACGAAGAAGAGGAGUUAAUUUUACCUGGUGUUUGUUUUACUGUUGAUCGUGUGGAAUUUGACAAGAAAAAGAAGAAACAUUUGAUCUACUUAAAUCUAGUGCAACAGUUUCGUUGUAAGUUAAUAUUUAUUUCCUUCAUCAUGUUUUCCAUUGUAUUCUCUUCUCAUUUCCUUGUGAGACUCUAAGUUUCUGUAGUCAAAUAUCAAGUUUAAGAGAUGACCCACAUCUCACAUCUAUCUCCGGGAACUUGAAUACUCAAAUUUUGAGCUGAACCUUUAUUCAUAGACAUGUAUUAGAGUCACUUGAAACUUUCCCAAAAGUUAGACUUAGAGAAAAGUAAUCUUAUCAAGAUAUCACCUUGUAAUGAAAAUGUUCUCGUUUUAAACAAUAGCAUAGAAAGUGUUUAAUAUUAGAAUAUCUUACUAAGCAUCGGUUCGUUCCGUCUCAAAUGUAUGAAGUGUUUCAAUUGACAAUAAUGCUUUUCUAUUAAUAAGAUAUAUAUUUAGAAUUAUAUAAUUCACGCUCUCUGAGCUUCUAUUUUCAUAACAUGAAAAUCUUGUAAACUAUCCGUAAUUUGAAAAUAAAAAUAGAAAAAGCUUAUGAAAAGACUUUUUUUUCACUCACCAGGGCUGAUUGAAUGGUCAUAGUCUACAGUAAAGAGCGAUUUGACAAUUUGGAAUAUUCCUCUGUUAGUCGAAAGAAUAGUUAUCAAGCUGGUCUAUACGUUACUACAAACUAUAAACUAUUUCUAAAAUUGGGUGUAAAGAAAGCAUACAAUGUAGCAAAUACUUAGUUAAUGAAUUUUCGUAGGGAGUAAACAGAGAACAAAACCGUUUGUGCUAAUUACUAUAAGCUUUUUCGUUUCAAAUAUUCGAUCUAUAGUGACGCAAAAAAAAUUAUUUUUCAGUCCUCGGAUAUCUUUUCCAAUUCCAAAGUUUUCAAAAACUGGUUUUCCUUGCACGUAAGUUUUACGUCACUAUAAAGUCUACUGAUUUUUUAUGUCCAAACUUGUUACAAAAGUAUUCUAUCAUGAAUGAUCUUCUAAUAUAAAAUCCUAUCAAUCAGACACCUAAUAUCGUUAUCGAAUAUUUUUUACUACGAUUCGUUUUCAAAUACAAGAUAAAUGAGAAAAAAAUGAGCUACCAUUAAAUUUCACUUUUUCAUCAACUGAUCUAACCUGAGCUGUCUUAUUACGCUCUAUCAUUUCAUUAUCGUUGGAGUAUUUCAAUUACUGACAUUUGGAUAGACGUACCACAGUUAUUAUUCAUUUUCACAUCCAUCGAUGGUUAUCGUGAUUUCACAUUUAAAUUAUCACGAGAGUCUUCUCAAUUAUAAAAAUCUGAAUCUUCAUGAUCAAUAAAGAGUACACGAUGUUAGUCUUUCAUAAUUUAUAUAAUAUCUA